AUGGCUGUAACCAACGGCAUCGAUGCAACGUCGGACACAACCGUCCCUCGCCUGUUGACCCAUGUCGUGGAUCAAAUCGCUGCUUCUGAACCGUCUCGCCCCUUCCAGUUCCAGCCCAAGACGAACAAACACGAAGAUGGCUGGGUCCCAGUAACCUUCGAGGAAUUCGCCAAUGCCAUCAACCACGUCGCACACAUCAUCGCCGAGACGGUCAAGAAGGACGGCACCGGCGAGUUCCCGACCCUUGCCUAUGUUGGGCCCAACGACGUCCGCUACGGCAUCCUGCUCCUGGCCGCCAUCAAGGCCGGCUGCAAGGCCCUCUUUGUCUCUCCCCGAAACACCACCGAGGGCCAGCUGUCCCUGUUGGAGAGAACAAACUGCCACCACGUGUGGUACGCCGAGUCGUUCCACGUCACUGUACAGACCUGGCUCCGCGAGCGCAAAAUGAAAUCACGGGCCGUCCCGCCCCUGAAAGAGUGGCUACAAGCCUCACCCUCGUCGCCGUUCCCCUACACCAAGACCUUUGAAGAGGCCCGUUGGGACCCGUUGGUCGUUCUGCACACGAGCGGCUCUACCGGAAUCCCAAAGCCCAUUGUCAUCAAGCAGGGCGGCUUUGCGGUGACGGACACGUUCCGGCAUCUGCCCAAGCACGCCGGCGCCGACUUCCUAUGGAAAUUCUGGAAGUCUUCGGCAACCAGGGUCUUUGUGCCCAUGCCGGCGUUUCACGCGGCGGGACUUCUUUUUGGCAUGUUGAGCCUGGGCAUUUACUAUGCGGUGCCGGCUGCUCUGCCGUUGCCGGACCAGCCGCUCACGCCCGACUUGACCAUCAGGAGUCUGCAGUAUUCUGGGGCCGACGCGACUUUCUUGCCGCCGUCUAUUGUCGAGGAGUUGAGCCUGAUGCCCGACGGCGUGGAGCAGCUGAAGAGGAUGAAGAUUGUAGCGUUUGGUGGAGGAAACCUGUCCAAGACAGCUGGCGAUUUUCUCGUAGAGCAGGGCGUUACUCUGAACAAUGCCAUCUCCUCGACCGAACUCACCCCGUAUGCCAUCUACUUCCAGCCCAAUCCCAGACUGUGGCAGUACUUCAUCUUCAACAGCGAGGCAAUGGGCGCCGACUGGCGGGUCCACGACCCCGACAAGGACAUCUACGAGCUCUUUAUUCGCCGCAAGGACCCCAAGGAACCGCUCGACCAGCCCCUGUUCUACACGUUCCCCGAGCUCACGGAAUGGUCCACGGGAGACCUGUUCCAGGCCCACCCUACGCUCAAGGACCACUGGAAGUAUCACGGACGGGCGGACAACAUCAUCGUCUUUUCAAACGGCGAGAAGCUCAACCCCGUCACCAUCGAGGACGGCCUGGUCGGACACGCCGCCGUCAAGGGCGCCCUGGUCGUCGGGCAGGACAGGUUCCAGCCCGCGCUGAUACUGGAGCCCACGACGCCCCCCAAGACGGACGACGAGGCGCACGCCCUCAUCGAGUCUGUGUGGCCGCUGAUCGAGGAGCUGAACAAGCAGACCGUCGCCCACGGGCGCAUAUCCAAACAGCUCGUGGCGCUGUCUGACCCCGACAUUCCCUUCCCGCGGGCUUCCAAGGGGACGGUGCAGAGAGAGCAGGCGGUCCGCAAAUACAAGGACAAGAUCGACGAGAUUUACAAAAAGGCCGACGCCGUCGACACGGAAGAUGCUGGAGCCAUUGACCUGGGCAGUGUCGACGCCACGCUGCGCUCUGUGAUGGAGCUCCUCACCCGACGACUGAAGAUCAAGGGCCUCGAGCCAGACACCGACUUCUUCAGCGCGGGCAUCGACUCCCUGCAGGUCCUCAGCAUCGCAAAGUUCCUGAGGGCCGGCCUCGCGGGCGCGGGCGCGCAGGUCGACAAUGCCGUCGUUGCGCCGCGGGUCAUAUACUCCAAUCCCACGCCGGAGAAGCUCGCAAAGUACAUAUACUCUGCCACGAGCGCGAAUGGCUCCGACCAAAACGGGCAGGACGCCGAGGAAACAUCCAUCCUGCGGGACCUGGUGUCGAAAUACACGGCGGACCUGCCGCCCCGCCGAGGCGACAAGCCAAAGCCCCUGGAGGACGGACAGACGGUCAUCUUGACGGGCUCGACGGGAUCCCUGGGGGCGUACAUGCUGGACACGCUCUGCAAGUCUCGGCACGUCAAGGCGGUCGUGUGCCUGAACCGCGGCGCGGACGGCGGCAGGGCCCGACAGCCCGGCGUCAGCGCAAGCAGAGGCCUCGCCACCGACUUCUCCAAGGUCGACUUCCUCCAGUCGGACCUCUCCCGGCCGGAUCUCGGGCUGGAGCCCGCCAAGUACGACAGCCUCGUCGCCGCGGCGGACCGCAUCAUCCACAACGCCUGGCCGGUCAACUUCAACAUCAGCGUGGCCUCGUUCGAGCCCUACAUCCGCGGCGUCAGGAACCUCGUCGGGCUGUCGGCCGCGGCGGCCAAGCAGGUGCCCAUCGUCUUCAUCUCCAGCAUCUCCACCGUCUUCAACUGGGCGUCCCCGGGGCCGGUGCCCGAGCGGCGCCUCGCCGGCCUCUCCCUGCCCCAGAUGGGCUACGGCCUGUCCAAGCUCGCGGGCAGCCUGGUGCUCGACGCCGCGGCCGAGACGUCGGGCGUGCCCUGCGCCAGCGUCCGCGUCGGGCAGGUCGCCGGCCCCCACGGCCGGGAGGGCAGAUGGAACCCGCAGGAGUUCAUCCCCAGCCUGGUCGCGAGCUCCGUCUACCUGGGGGUCCUGCCGGGCGACCUCGGCCCGCAGGACGUGGUGGACUGGGUGCCCAUCCAGGACGUGGCCGGCCUCAUCCUCGACGUCGUCGGCGUCACGCAGAGCAGGGACGUGUCCGACAUCAGCGGCUACUUCCACUGCGUCAACCCCAAGACGACGCCGUGGGCCGACUUGGCCGCCGCCAUCAGGGACUUUUACGGCGGGCGCAUCCGGCAGCUCGUCAGCUUGGAGGAGUGGGUGGCGGCGCUGGAGGAGAGCGCCUCCGACGCGGCCAGCAUCGACAGGAACCCCGGCGUCAAGCUGCUCGACACGUAUCGCGGCAUGGCGGCCGCCGCGGCAAACAGUGCCGGGCGCGACGUCCACGUGUCCCUGGAGAUGGGCCGGACGGUCAAGCACAGCAAGACGGCGGCCAACCUGGGUCCCAUAACGACGGAUCUGAUGCGCAACUGGUGCGCGCAGUGGAACUAUUAG